AUGUCUCAGUCUAAGAUGAUCUCAGGUGGCUUCACCAGCACCGUCGAUAGCCAGAGGCCUGCCGACCCUAUGCAUUUGCUGUGCCAGAUGGUAGUUGAAACACAAUACGAAGAUCUGCCACCUGAGGUCAUUGAUCACGCCAAGUGCACCCUUCUGGAUGGAAUGGCCGUCACGAUUGGGGGCUCUGGCAUGGAAGGGAUACCAGCUAUCGUGGAAUUGGUCAAAGGAAAAGGCGGCAAGCCCCAGACGGUGCUGCCAUUCUACGGCGGUUGCGUACCGGCUGCUGAGGCAGCACUAGCUAUCGGACCUAUGCCACGAGCAAUGGACUGCGGUGAUCUCCAUGAAGAGGCAGGGCAUAUUAGCGAGUACGUGAUAGCGAGCUUGCUUGCAGCAACCGGAUUGCGACCGCAGAUCACAGGGAGAGACUUCCUCACUGCCCUGGUGGUUGGUCAGGAGGUCCUUGUUCGUAUUGGUACCGCCUAUAAAGUCAUCAGCAGCGCUAUCAAGGCCAACGACUGCGGUGGACACUACAUCUUUGGUGCAGUGGCAGCUGUCGGAAAACUACUCCGCCUCUCUCCUGAACAAUUAGAGAACGCCCAAGGGAUAGCACGGACUAUGACCCAGCCUCAUACGAUGGGAAUCUACGCACCGGCGACAUUGAUGGUACGCGUUCACCAUGGCUUGGUCUGCCAGUCCGCGAUCACAGCUUGUCUAUUGGCUGAGCGCGGAAUUACUGGGCCACGACAGGAGGUCUUGACAGGUGCCAACGGAUUCCUCCAGACGGCACGCUGGGAGACCGACCCAGAAGCAUUGGUUAGGAAUCUAGGGAAGCAGUGGGAGAUGACACAGAUUAUCAGCAAGGGCUACAGUGCUUGUUACUUCUCACACUCUUCGAUUGAUGGGAUUUUGCAACAAAUGCGCACGAACAAUUUUGCCGUCAAUGACAUUGCAAACAUCCACAUUGAUGUGUCUCCAUCGGGAUGGAAGGCAGUAUGUGAACCAGUGGAUCAGAAGUGGAAGCCUAAGACAGUGCACGAAUGCCAGUUCAGCCUGCCCUACGCAGUAGCAACCGCUGCAGUAGACGAAGUUGUCUUUGCUCAAUCCUAUUCAGAACAAGCUCGUCAACGUCCUCAAAUCCAUGACUUGAUCUCGCGUAUCGAUGCUGCUGAGGACCCAUCCAUUUCUGACUGGGGAGCCCGGAUAACGACUACACUACAUGAUGGGCAGAGAAUCACCACCGAACACGUGUAUGUCAAGGGCCAUCCUAAGAAUCCAUUCGGAAGGCAAGACUUUGUGGAAAAGUUUCUUCGAUGUGUACCCUUUUCGGCGUUGCCUCUGGAGCAGAAGGUAGCUGAAAACAUGAUUAAAAACAUUUUCGCCUUGGAUGAGGUCGAAGACGUGGUCAAGGUAUUGCUAAUGCCCUUGACACCAGAUUAUAAUUCUAAGACCGUCUAA